AUGUUCAUAAACUCCCUAAUAACGGCGUUGUCAAAUUAUACUGAAAGAAGCCCCCACAAGAAUAAGGCCCUUAGAACGCCCACGAAUAUGAUGGAGAGGCAAUAUAUGGUCAGAUUUAGGAAAACUGGUCCAGAUGAAUUACCUAGCGAUCUGAUAAAGUUGGUCAACCAGAAAAGCCUGGACAUAAUAUCACACGAAUACCCCGCCCCUCAGGGAGCCCAGCACGGUGCCCCACAAGCUGGCAUCCCACAAAGCACGCCAAGCCCUUUCCCUACAGGUGGAGUAGGAGGUGUACGGAGAACGUUAUCUGGUUGGAGAGAGUGGAGAAGAGCAGAUCCCACUCUAAUCAACAGUCUUUGGAGAAGCAAGAUGGGAAAUGGUAUUAGAAAGCAAUUGGGUAAUGCAGAAGUAUAUAUCAUGUUAGCUCUGUUGAUUGGAUUAGCAACAGUCGUGAUCGGAUGCUGGCUGUCAGACAACUGCUGGUCUCCCGAACCCGACAGUCAGAUUAUCACGGUGGCCUGACCCAAGCUAAAGCCGGCUUUAAAGCCGCCGCCACCGCCCUUACCUCCAGGAAGCGAAUCAGCCUCUUCGACGUCGCCUUCACCAGAUUCGCCGCAGUCACCUGGCUCACCGAGACAGUUGAGUCCAGAGAGUAAUUGGCCUCUAGUAGAGGUAUCAGACAGAGACACGCUGGAACUUUGACACCACGCCAUGUGCGACAAAAAUGGCGGAAUCCUAAUCUCUUCCGAAAAGGAAGAAUGUGAAGUACAUUUUAAGAAUAAUAUUCUAGAAAACGGUCAUAUCUGCCAACUUAUUCUCGACGAUAAGUGCGAAGUACACGACACGAGAUUUUUCCAGGAGAGUAUCCAAAGCUGAGGAGAGACUUUUGUGCAAAGAUAAUAGAACUGUGAAUUUUCGAAAAACACUUGCGAUAUCGAAAACGGUGUGCCAAGAUGUUUAUUUGCCAAACUGUGUAGAUUGUAAGAUCGAUUAGUAAGUAAUAUAAAUAUAUGAUUGUUUCCUAUGUCUUCUAUAUAAGAAGAUUUGUAUAUCUUGACCCUCUUUUUCACACAUGAACUUGAACAAUAAAUUUCGUAUGUGUUUCCAAUGAAUAUGACAUUAUAACGCUUAAAACAUUAUCAACCAAAGAAAACUGUUGACUCCUCAAUAUCAUUUAUACUAAAUUAACAAUCAAGAUGCAGUAGAAAUAAACAAACCAAGACACGUUAAAUGCUACUAGAAGCACUCCCUAAUCAUAAAUUACAAUGUAAAAACUUUGGAAAUCAUGAUUUACGAUUUACAAUGUAUAUACAAUAUACAUACAUUUGAUUGUAAAUUAUGAUUCGGGAGUGAUCCUAGUAACAUUUAACCCGGCACCUGCCACGUGGGGUGCUACCAGCACCCCAUAACACAUUUUUAUCAAAUAUUUGGUAUUUCAAGUUUGGUUACGGAGCUGUGCGUCAUAGUAGCUUUCUAUAAUAUUAUAUAGCAUAGAUGUGUUAGUGUUUGAAGUGGUUAUUUAGUGUCAUUCUGAACUUAUAACACUAAAAUCGAAUUGGGGUGUCAUCAUCUGGCACUUUAAGUUUUAAAUUUUUUUUGUAUUUUUGAUAAACAGGUCAAAUUUACAUUUUUUAUUGAAAUAACUGAUUUAAAGUAUUAAUAUAGACCCUAUACUCACUAAAUAUUAAUUUUUUUAGAUAUUUUACUUGACUUCAUUUAUUAUGGCUUGGCACUUCCUAAUUUGCUUAUAACACCUUUUUCAUUUUAUUUUUUAACUUUUAUAACAUAUUAGUAGCUAAUAAGUUAAUAAAACAUGUUUUUUUUAUAUUCUUGUGUUACUCAACACAUUAUUUUGUUUCUUUUGGCGCCUUGCAAAGCCACGUUGCAGGUGCCGGGUUAACGUGUCUUGGUUUGUUUAUUUC